AUGUCACGAUUCGAAUCAAAAGAAAAAAUGUUCAAGAGUAAUAUAACCAUUAAAUCAGGGGACUGUAUUGACGAUAAUCUUGAAAAUGGUAAUAUUUUUGAAGAAGAAGAUCAUAAUGUUUUUGUCAAUAAUGAAGGUGGUCCAGAUUUCAGAGGUGUUUCUUGUCUCGGAGCAGCAGUGUUAAUCGCUAAGAUGCAGUUUGGGCUAGGUGUGCUUGGUUUGCCUCAAACAUUCGUCGUUUUGGGAUUUAUCCCAGGGUUAAUAAGUCUUAUCGUUUUAUGUGCCCUAACCACCUGGACAGGUAUUGUUAUAGGCAAAUUUCGCCUUUCUCACCCAGAAGUUUACAGUAUUGGAGAUGCUACACAUCUUAUGUUUGGAAAAUAUGCUGGCGAAGUAAUGGGGUUUGCAUUAUGGCUCUAUUUUAUGCUUGCUUCUGGUGCUGCCUUACUUACUGUAUCGAUUGCCUUCAAUUCAGUUAGUAACCGUGCUAUUUGCACAAUGGCCUGGGUCGGUGUUGGAGCCGUCAUAUGCCUUAUUUUGGGACUUGUUACACGUACCAUGAAAGCUUUAUCAUGGUGUGGUUAUAUUGCUGUGGUAUCCGUUUUCAUUGGUACUUGGACUGUUGCAAUUGCUUGCUUAACCCAAAGUACACCUUCUGCAGCUCUAGAGUCGUCGGGGCCUAUUGACAAGAUGGUCGAAGUUGCUUCAGAAGGCAAGUCUUACGCAGCCAUUGCUGCUGCCAUUGGAACUCAAAUGUUAAGUCUUUGUGGUUCUGCUUCUUUUUUUACAAUUCAUGCUGAAAUGAGGGAUCAGGCCCAGUAUACUAAAUCACUUUACUUAGGCCAAGGCUUUGUUACACUCAAUUAUAUCGCUAUCAGCUGUAUUGUUUAUGGAAAAGUUGGGCAAUAUGUUACAUCACCCGCACUUGGAUCAGCUGGUAUGUUAAUACAAAAAAUUGCAUAUGGUAUUUCAUUUCCAGCACUUUUCUUUGCAUGUUUUUCCCAAGCUCAUAUUUCUGCAAAAUACGCACUUGUUCGUAUUUUGAGAGGUUCCGAACAUUUACAAAGUAAUUCUAAAACUCAUUGGCUAACUUGGAUAGGGACAAUGAGUCUGGCAAUUGGAAUCGGACUAAUAGUAGCUGGAGGCAUUCCAUUCUUUGGUGAUUUAUUGGGAUUAAUUGGCUCUCUUUUUGGUACAAGUUUUACUCUUAUAUUUCCUGGAUUUAUGUCUCUAUAUGAAUUGGGUAUAAGUUCCUAUCAUCCUGCUGAUAGUAGGCUAGCAUGGUUAAAAAAAUCACAAAAAUUUUGGGGAAGUAGCAGAAAAGCUAUUAUCACUACAGCUGUGUCUUUUUUUGCAAUCUCUUGUGGCAUUUAUAUUUGUGUCUCAGGAGUUUAUGGUUCCAUCGUAAAUAUUGCUCAAGGUUAUGCGGACGGAACUGUUUCAGGCGCUUUUUCUUGUGAGGAUAAUAGUAGAUAG